AUGCCUAUUCCAAGCAGUGCUAUUGCCCCCAGCAUGUACAUUGUUCUCACCUCCCAUGGUUUCCUUGCCAAUGGCUAUCACUGGCUCAUCCUCACCACUUACAUGGAUGGGACCUGCAUUGCCUUUCAUGCCACACAGGACCCCGGCUGGUGCUACCAGCAAAAGGAGUGGCAAAUGAUCACCUCCAUGACUUUGGUGGUGGCCAUCCUCAUCAGCAAGGCUCACUUGUCCACUUCCAUUGACCAGAUUCUUCAGGAUAUUCCCAUGGAAACUCCAGCAGCUGAAGUCAGCGUGACAUUUUCUUGUUGCAUUUGGGUCAAGGAAGCAGCCUGCCACCUUGUCACAGGUCAUCUCAUGACUUGCAAUGAUGUGAACACCCUGGAAGGAGAAGUGAUUGCUGCUGCCAACCAGCAUGCUGAUAGCAUCAUGAUUGGGGGGACUGGUGCAGUGUACAGAUCAAGGGCCUGUGGCACUGCCGAGUGA